ACAUCCCCCUGACCCAUGCCGAACUGCUAUAUAAAGUCUUCUGCUUUGUCCUCUUUCUCAACUAUUCAGCUGGCCAUGGAUACUAUCAAAUGGCUGAUUGUGCUGCUAUGGAUGUGUAGCUGCAGAAUAGGACAUGCAGAGAACAGCCUGCAGAAAAUCCAGAGAGAAGAUGCUGUAGUGAUAACCUCCUGUGACUUCAACAACGACGGUGACCCAUUCUGCAAGUUCACUCAGGACAUCUCAGACGACGGUGACUGGACCCGACAUAAAGGCCCAACCCCAACAGAAGGCACUGGCCCCCCUGGAGACUACCCUGAUGGAAAGGGUUUCUAUAUCUACCACGAGAGUGACAAUGUGUCUAAUGGAAAGAAAGCUCGUUUGCUGAGCCCUGCUAUCUCAUCAUCUGCCUCUGAAAUCUGUGUCCAGUUUCGAUAUUACAUGUAUGGUAUCGACUCUGAAAAUGUCCUGAGGGUUCUGGCAAAAACAACCAACAGUGAACAGGAGGUCUGGAGAGAGGAAGGCAUUCAGAGUCCAUCCUGGCUGAAAGGAUCCAUCACAGUGUCCAAACCCAGCAGUCAGAACAUCAAUAUUGUGUUUGAAGCUCAGAGAGGCUUUACCUCUUCCUGUGAUUCAGCUCUGGACAACAUUGUUAUUACUGAAGGAGCAUGUCCAGCUUGUGUUUCUGGCUGUGAUUUUGACACAUUGGAUGAACUGUGUGGAUGGGCGACUCACACUGACAAUCCUGCAGUGUUUGGCUUUUCUCAAUGGAUUGGGGCAACAGAUACUGAAGGUACUGGGCCUGAUGACGACUUCUCCAAACCAGGAUUUGGUGCCUACAUGUUGAUGGAUUCUCUGGAUGUCAUCCCUGGAGGCAGCGCUCAGAUCAGAAGUCCUCUAAUAAACCCUGCCUCUGGAUGUCUGGAACUCACCUUCCACUACUACCUGUAUGGUACCAGCACCACCAUGGAGCUCAGCGUCCAUACCAUGACCGAAACUGGGAGCCUUGGACCUGCCCUUUUUCGUGUCAGGGGAAACCAAGGUCAAGGAUGGAAGCCUGCAGAGGUCCGCUACAUAGGAAGUGAUGCUAUCCGGUUUGUGAUUGUGGGUACCUAUGGAGAAACUCCUGAGACAGAUAUUGCUGUGGAUGCUGUGUGUGUCAUGACCUGCGAAGGUCAACCAGCAACUCCUCUGCCACCAGUAACGAAUCCUGGACCAACUACACCUAAACCAACUACACCCAAACCAACUACUGCUAAACCAACUACACCUAAACCAACCACACCCAAACCACCAACUCCUGGACCAACUACACCUAAACCAACCACACCCAAACCACCAACUCCUGGACCAACUACACCUAAACCAACUACACCCAAACCACCAACUCCUGGACCAACUACACCUAAACCAACCACACCCAAACCACCAACUCCUGGACCAACUACACCUAAACCAACUACACCCAAACCACCAACUCCUGGACCAACAACACCUAAACCGACUACACCCAAACCACCAACUCCUGGACCAACAACACCUAAACCAACUACACCCAAACCACCAACUCCUGGACCAACAACACCUAAACCAACAACACCCAAACCACCAACUCCUGGACCAACAACACCUAAACCAACUACACCCAAACCACCAACUCCUGGACCAACAACACCCAAACCAACAACACCCAAACCACCAACUCCUGGACCAACUACACCUAAACCAACAACACCCAAACCACCAACUCAUGGACCAACAACACCCAAACCAACUACACCCAAACCACCAACUCAUGGACCAACAACACCUAAACCAACGACACCCAAACCACCAACUCCUGGACCAACAACACCUAAACCAACUACACCCAAACCACCAACUCCUGGACCAACUACACCUAAACCAACAACACCCAAACCACCAACUCAUGGACCAACAACACCCAAACCAACUACACCCAAACCACCAACUCAUGGACCAACAACACCCAAACCAACUACACCCAAACCACCAACUCCUGGACCAACUACACCUAAACCAACUACACCCAAACCACCAACUCAUGGACCAACAACACCUAAACCAACUACACCCAAACCACCAACUCAUGGACCAACAACACCUAAACCAACAACACCCAAACCAACAACGAAGCCACCAAAUCCAUGUCCUCCUAAUGCAGAGUAUAUAGACUGCGGUCCAGCUUGUAUUCCCACCUGUCAGGAACCCUCCACCAACUGUUCUGGGUCCUGUAUCAGCGGCUGCUUCUGCAAACCAGGGUUUCUAUUCAAGGGAAGACGUUGUGUGCCAGUGGACAAAUGUGGCUGUCUGGAUGAUCACAAUAACUAUUAUGAGCCUGGCGAAGUUGUAUUUGGAGAUGGCUGUACAGAACUGUGCCGCUGUGCAGGAAACUACACUUUGGAAUGUGUAGAUAAUUCCUGUGACCCCACUGAAGAGUGUCGAGAGGCUAAUGGUGUUUCAGGAUGUUAUCCUAAAGAUACAUCCACGUGCAUAGCAUCUGGUGAUCCUCACUACACCACCUUUGACAAACGCAAGUACAACUUCAUGGGCAACUGCAGCUAUCUGAUGUCUGGACCCUGUAAUAAAACAACUGAGCCAUACUUUGAGAUCCAUGCUGACAACGAAAAUCGCUACAACAAGCCCAAGAUCUCCUAUUUGAAGGCUGUACAUGUGUAUGUGUACAUGAUGAAGAUCUCCAUUCUCAAAGGCGGCACUGUGCAAGUGAAUGGAACCAACGUCAACAUACCAGUGACUCUGGCCCCAGAUGUUUCUGUGUUCAAGGCAGGAAAGCACUACACUGUGUCUAUGAGCUUUGGUGUAACUGUUCGCUAUGAUGGAAACCACUUCAUGGACAUCAAAGUGAUUAAAGACUAUGCAGACAAACUGUGUGGUUUGUGUGGAGACUACAAUGGAAAUGCUAAAGAUGACUUCCGUAAACCAGAUGGAGCCUUGACCAACAAUGCCAAUGACUUUGGAGACAGCUGGAACACUGAUCCAGAAUGUAAUAAGAAACCCAACACCACCAUCCCUGGGUGUGAUGAAGAAGAGCAGGAACUGUAUGAGGGCUCUGGAUACUGUGGCAUCCUGCUGGACAAGAAGGGUCCCUUUGCUGUGUGCCACCCCAAAGUCAACCCAAAUGACUACUUCCGGGACUGUCUCUUUGACUUAUGUGAGCUGGAUGGAGCCAAGCCCAUUCUGUGUGAUGCCAUUGAAGCCUAUGUAAAUGAAUGCCAGGACCGUGGGGUAAACAUUGGACCCUGGAGGGAUGAAAACUUCUGCCCACUGAGCUGCCCUCCAAACAGCCACUAUGAGCUCUGUGCAGACAGCUGUCAAGAGACGUGUUCUGGAAAGCCUCCCUCCUGUGCUGGUCCAUGUUCUGAGGCCUGCGUUUGUGAUCCCGGCUACGUCCUGAGUGCUGGCAAGUGCGUUAAGAAGAGUGCGUGUGGCUGCACCCAUACCAAUGGCCAGUAUUAUAAGCCUGGAGAGGAGUUUUAUGUGGAAGACUGUAAGCUGAAGUGUAGGUGUGAUGUUCCCUUCGUUACCUGUGUACCUUCUGAUUGUCCGCCACUGCACGAGUGCAAACUCCAGGAUGGAGACCUGGGCUGCUAUCCCGUUGGCUCUCAGGACUGUGUGGUAUCUGGAGAUCCUCACUAUACCACGUUUGACGAUAAGUACUACACUUUCAUGGGAACUUGUACCUACACACUGGCCAGGACAUGCAAGAAUGACACAGGUCCCUGGUUUUCUGUGGAGGGAAAGAAUGAAGAGAGAGGAGUGUCAGGGGUGUCCUACCUCAGAAAGCUCUAUGUCACAGUGGAUGGCAUCACUGUGACCCUGAUGAAAUCCAAGAUAACACUGGUGAAUAGACUGCAGGUAGCCUUGCCUCAUUCCCCCUCUCCUCUCAUGUCUAUUACUCUCGCUGGUCAGUUCAUCACGGUGCAGACAACCUUUGGUCUGAGAGUGCAUUGGAAUGGAGACCAUUAUGCUCAGAUCACAGUUCCUAGCUCCUACUAUGACCAGAUGUGUGGUCUCUGUGGGGACUAUGAUGGAAACCCAGGCAAUGACUUCACGAAACCAGAUGGCACUCUGGUAGGAAAUGUCAAUGACUUUGGGAACAGCUGGCAGACAGACGAGGAUGAGGAUGACACGUGUAUCCCAGACACAAAGCCCGAUCCAGACUGUGACCCUGAACUUGAAACUGAGGUGGUGAAACCAGAAAAAUGUGGCAAAAUUAAAGAUCCUGCUGGACCCUUCAGGGAGUGUAUCAGUGUGGUGGAUCCUACUCCAUUCUUCCAGAGUUGUGUGUUUGACAUGUGUCAGUUCCAUGGCCAGCAGCAUGUGCUGUGUAACCAACUUGAGGCCUACACUGAUGCAUGCCACAGAGCUGGGGCCAAGGUGUACCAGUGGAGGACGCCAGACUUCUGCCCCCUGGCCUGUCCACCCAACAGCUCCUACUCACUGUGUGUCAGUUCAUGUCCUGAGACCUGUGUGGGUGUGGUUGGACCAUCUGGCUGUGAGGACAUAUGUGUGGAAGGUUGUGCCUGUGACCCAGGUUUCAUUCUCAGUGAUGACAAAUGUGUGGCAUUGAAAGACUGUGGCUGUGUGGAUACCAGUGGAUCUUAUCAUCCUGUGGGUGAUAACUGGUACGUGGAAGGUUGUGAGCAGAAGUGUGAGUGUCAGAGUGGAGGUCUGAUCCAGUGCCAUGAUACCAGCUGUAAACCAACUACUGAGAGCUGCCAGCUCCAUGAUGGAGAAUACAAAUGCCACCCUCUAGGAAGUGGCAUCUGCUCUGUAUCCGGUGACCCUCAUUACAACACCUUUGAUAAACACACUCACAAUUACAUGGGAGCCUGCUCCUACACCCUGACCAAACCCUGCAAUGAGUCCUCUGGCUUGCCGUAUUUCACUGUUGACACUCAAAAUGAACACAGAGGAAGUAAUAAGAAGGUUUCGUAUGUCCGGGCCGUGGUGAUCAAUGUGAAUGGUGAAACUGUCAUCCUUGGCCAAGGUCGCACAGUCCAGGUCAAUGGAACAGUGGUUGUUCCACCUGUCACCACUAUCAGUGGAGUUAAGAUCUAUUUAAGUGGAAAAUUUGUUGUCCUGGAGACAUCGUUCGGCUUGAGGGUGCGUUUUGAUGGUAACCACCACGCUGACGUCACUGUUCCAACCUCCUACAAUGGCCUGCUCUGUGGCUUGUGUGGAAAUUUUAAUGGAGACUCCAAAGAUGACAAUUUGAAACCAGACAAUACACCAGCCGCUAACAGCAAUGAGUUGGGAGACAGCUGGGAGGUUCCUGACCCACGGCCUGACUGUACUAACGGUGGAGGACAGGAAGACUGUGAUGAAAAGGUGGAAGAAGAGGCCAGUAAGCCCACCAGCUGUGGCAUGAUCACUGAUCCCAAUGGAAUCUUUAAGGAAUGCCACGCUGUUGUGCCCCCUGAACCAUACUUUGGAAACUGUGUGUAUGACAUGUGUGCCACUGGAGGUCAGACUGUUGCCCUGUGCCAGGCCAUAGAGAGCUAUGCUGAUAUGUGUGCUGCUGCAGGAGUACCCAUUGCUUGGAGGAACAAUACCUUCUGUCCUCUGAAAUGCCCUCCUGGCAGUCAUUACACCCCAUGUGGCCCUGCCUGUGAACAACCCAGCUGUCAGGACCCUGCAGGCCCUGGAGGCUCCUGCAACCAGCCCUGUGUGGAGGGUUGCAUCUGUGACCCUGGCCUUGUCCUCAGUGGAGACAAAUGUGUAUCAAUCAAUGAGUGUGGAUGUACUGAUGAAGAUGGAAAGUACAGGCCGGCUGGAGACACUUGGUUCUCAGAGACUGACUGCUCAGAGCGCUGUAAGUGCAACGGCAAUGGCAACAUUACCUGUGAGCCCUGGCAGUGCAGCCCUGCACAGGAGUGUAAAGUGGUGGAGGGAGUGCUGGACUGUCACUCUACAGGUAAAGGAGUAUGCCAUGUAGCUGGAGAUCCUCAUUACUACACUUUUGAUGGUGUAAUGCACACAUUCAUGGGCACCUGCACUUACACUCUUGUGGAGGUAUGUAAUACCACCAACGUAACUCCAUUCAAAAUAGUGGCUAAAAAUGAGGAACGCGGUCAACCAGAAGCCUCCUAUGUUCGCUCUGUGAAAGUCUACCUGCCCCAUGAUACUGUAGUUGAACUGCAGAAGGCUCGCAGAGUUCUGCUAAAUGGACGACGGGUGCGAACCCCAAUUUCCAUUGACGUGGUCGGAGCCAAAGUGAUAAGCAGUGGAUCCUACAAUCUUUUGGACACAAACUUUGGUCUGCAGGUGAAGUUUGAUGGAGUCCACCACCUGGAGAUCACUAUUCCUGGAGAUUAUUUCAACAAGGUGUGUGGCAUGUGUGGAAACUACAACCACAACUCUUCUGAUGACAACCUGAUGCCCGACAACAAACCAGCCAAGGAUGUGAUUGAACUGGGCAACAGCUGGAAAUCAGACGGAGACAGUGAUCCUGGCUGUCAGCCAGACACUCGUCCAGACAUCCACCCCAAUUGCACUGCAGAAGAAGAGACGCUUUUCAACGCUCAGUGUGCUGAGGUCAUCCUCUCCGACCGUUUCAAGCCCUGCCACUCUCUGGUAAAUGCAGAGGCUUUCCUGGGUAACUGCAUCUACGACAUGUGCGAGUAUAAUGGCAUGCAGGCGACGCUCUGUGACAACGUGGAGGCGUAUGCUCAGGCCUGUCAGAGCGCUGGAGUUACCAUCAGCUGGAGAAACAACACCUUCUGCCCUAUGCCAUGCCCUGUUAACAGUCACUACUCAGACUGUACCGCCCCCUGCCCUCCCACGUGUUCCGAUCUCUUCCCCAUGUUCUGCCACCUCCCUCCAGCCACCUGUGUGGAGGGCUGCCAGUGCGAUGCCGGCUUUGUCCUCAGUGACAACAACUGUGUUCCUCUGGACAAAUGUGGCUGUCUGGAAUCAAACGGAGAGUACCACGAUGUGGGAGACUCAUGGCUGACAGAUACAUGUGCUGACUCAUGUACAUGUAGCCUUGGUGGCCAGAUCACAUGUAAGGACCACAGCUGUAAUUCUAACUCAGUGUGCGCUCUAGACAAAUAUGGAGACCUUCACUGCAAACCCACAAAAUUCAGUACGUGCAGAGUCUCUGGGGAUCCUCAUCACCGAACAUUUGAUGGUUUCACCCAUCAUUUCCAGGGUCCCUACACCUAUGUCCUAACUCAGACCCAAGACCUUGAUGAUUCCCUGUUGCCCCUGACGGUGCGGGGAAAGAAUAUCAGACGUGGAGGAAACAAGAAGGUGUCAUUCCUGGAUGAGAUGUACAUAGAUGUUUACGGUGUUGAUGUUCGCUUUCAGCAGAAGAAUAGAGUCCUGGUAAAUGGGGAGCGUGUAGCACCUCCUCUCAGUCCAGUUAAUGGUUUGACCAUCACAAUGAACUCCAAGCAGAUGCAGCUCACCACCGACUUUGGUCUGACUGUACGCUUUGAUGGCAAAAGUCGUGGAGAAAUCAUUCUCCCCAGCACCUAUAUGAACUCUGUCAGAGGACUGUGUGGGAACUAUGAUGGCAUCAGGAACAACGAGUACAUGAAGCCAGAUGGGACGGUGGUCAGGAACCUGGAUGAGUUUGGAGAUAGUUGGAGGGUCAGUGACCGACAGGCUCAUCGACUGAGGAGCUACAACCUGCCCAUCAAUGUGCAUGUUCACAGGAGAGAGGUGGAGACUGAUCCAGAUUCAGGAUUUGUGACAUCAGACUGCUCUUCAUCUCAACUCAGUAACUACAACAGUGCGACUCAGUGUGGAGCAAUGUCUGACUCCACGGGUCCGUUUUCUGCCUGCCAUGCCACUCUGCUACCCAAAAGCUUCCAGGAUGACUGUGUGUAUGACCUGUGUGCUGAGAGUGGCAGUGCAGAACUGCGCUGUGCCAGUUAUGAAGCAUACGCUGUAGCCUGUCAGGAGGCUGGAGUUACACUGGGACCCUGGAGGCAACAGCUGGGCUGUGUCCUCUCCUGCAAUGCCAACAGCACUUAUUCCACCUGUAUGACACCUUGCCCGGCCUCCUGCGCUGACCUAGCAGCGCCCUCUGAAUGUGACACCACUGACUGUAUGGAAGGGUGCCAGUGUGCUCCAGGCUUUGUCAUGAGUGAGGACAUUUGUGUUCCAUACACACAGUGUGGCUGUACCUUCCUCAACAGAUACUACCCUCUAAAAGAAAAGUUUGUGACUGAGGACUGUUCUCAGUCCUGUGAAUGCACCAGUACUGGUGCUGUGUGUCAGCCAAAGACCUGUCCGGAUGGCGAUGUUUGCACCAUCUACAAUUUCAAACGGGACUGCUAUAAAGCGAGUCCCUGCCUCAGUAGCCCCUGUCUGAAUGGUGGAAUAUGUGAGCCUGUCAGUGACAUUAUUUAUACCUGUCAGUGUCCAGACGGCUUCGAGGGCGUAAACUGUGAGGUGGAGAAAACACCAGAAGGAGGAUUAGAAACCAAGUGGAUUAUCCUGAUUGCGGUCUUGGUCCCAGUCGCUGUCAUCAUCAUUGUGACCACCAUUGUGUGUGUCUGCAGACGCAAAUCCAAGAAACACGUUUAUCCAAUUCAACAGGUCCAUUCAUCUCACAGUGGGAAACUUAAGCAUGAAGAGAAAAAGUUCAGCAUGAAAUCAACAGGUGUUCCGUAUAAAAACAUGGAUGACCAAAGAAAGGACAAAAUGACCACAAUGUAAUCGCAAACCUGAAUAAAGUGAUCUGUUUCGAUGCUUAUCCAACAACUUCAGCUCAAAGAGGAUUACAACUCUGCCAUAAAUUAAGUGUUUUGUUGUGUUCAAAGUGUGAAUGUAUAACUUAAACUUUUAAAGAUGUCAUUUUAGUGAGAUAUGAAUGUUUAAAUAAUAAAAUAGUGCAAAUUGC